CUCACGGCUCUCAUUACUUUCUCUCUCUCUAGAACCGCAUCAAUUACUCUUAUUUGUUUUGCCUUCUCUGCAAAUUUUCACGGAAAAUAUGUAUAUGUGGGAGAAAACCGGAAUGGGAGAUCGGUUCAAGCGUGAGAAGAAAAACCCAUCUUUCUCUUCAUCUCUCCUUGACGAGAUUUACCGUUCAAUUGACGAAGGAGAUGAUAAGCGUGAAGAGUUCUACAGAGAAACGAUGUCGAAGAAACAGAGCAAAACCAGUAUCUCCAAAUGCAACAGAGUCUCAAUCGAAGAAGAGGAGAUUUCGACUCUUCGUCGGGUUUGUUUGAUCGAAAAAUGGAUGGAAAAGAAAGUGAUCAAUAAGGCCAACACUCAAAGAAGACAAUAUUUGUCUGAAUUUGAGAAGAAAUCGCGUCGUGACAGUGAUUAUGAUCCAGAUGUUUUGUUUUGCAGCUCCAAUUCCCGCUCUUCAGAUUCAAGCUCUGGUGGGUUGUCAUCAUCCGACACAGAUUCUAUCCAUGGCACCAGAUCAAUGGCCUCCUCGGGUUUCUCAAUUCCAAAGCCAAAGCCUGUACGGACAAGUGUGGCUGCUUCUCGACCAGAGAAAACAGAGAAGAAAACAGCCAAGGCUCUGUUUCAUAAACAGAGUGAGUUUCAUAAGCUUGACGAUUACAGUUACAGUUCUUCUACAGAGCACACUCCGAAGCUAUCAAUGGCCUUGAAGAUUUACAGCAAUUUGAAGAAGUUAAAGCAGCCAAUUUCUCCUGGUGGUAAACUCGGAAAUUUCAUCAGCUCUAUUUUCACUACAGGGAACAGAAAGAAAUCCAAGAAUUCUUCUUCAUCUUCAGUUCCAAUUUCGCACACCAUGAAAGCUGAUAAAAAACUUUAUUCAGGCCAAGAAUCAACAUGUUCCUCGGCAUCGUCGUUUUCGAGGUCUUGUUUGAGUAAGAAUUCACCAUCUACAAGGGAUAGAUUACGAAAUGGGGUUAAGAGGAAUGUUACAUUUUACCCAGUAAGUGUGAUCGUAGACGAAGAUUGUAGGCCUUGUGGGCAGAAACGAGUAUACGCAGAGCAAGAGACUGGGAGUCUAAUGUCUGUUUCAGUCCCUACUGGUUGGAAAAUCAGGAAAUCGCAGACGACGAAAGGUGAAGAAGAGAUCAAAGUACAUGUGAUGGAGAAGAGCAGGAGAAUAGAAGAGAUUGCUAGAGAGUUCUUGAAAGACUAUCAUCAUCAAAAUCACAGGAAGAAUGACUCAAUUAUGAGAGACAUUCAAAGUAAUCGCAACGUUGAUGAUGAUGAAGAUGAUGAUGCUGCGAGUUAUUCGAGCUCGGAUUUGUUCGAGCUUGAUCAUCUAUCAACAAUUGGGAAAGGAAGGUACAUGGAAGAGUUGCCCGUCUAUGAAACUACUCAUGUUAAUACUAAUCGCGCCAUCGCUAAUGGCUUGAAAAUGUAGUUUUUUCUUCACAUGGUGAUGGUAUAGAAUCAUAGUUUCACUA